AAUUAUUUAUUAAGUUCUUAAUUUUCUUUUUUAUGGUUAAUUUUGGUUUUACUGUAUCACGAAAUUACCAAAUUAAGUUCAGGUUUGAAUAUUUCACUUUUUUUUAAGAGAAAAAAAGUUGUUUUGUGUUUGGAUAAGUUGGUAAGAUACUAGUACUAAAUUGAAUUUAUAGUGUAUAUCAAUUUUGACUAAUCUUAAAAAUUGACUAUUGUUAGAUUCGAGGUCGAUGUUAGGCUUUAGAGUUCGAACCCUGUACUUCACGUUUAUGUGUGAAUUUCUAAUGGUUAUUAUAUUUUAGUCUAUCAAUAAAAAUAUAUGAAAUGUCAUAAAAAAAUAUUUUUAAUUACUAUUUAUUUUUCGAAUGUGAGAUUAGAAAUGACAAUAUUGAGAGAGUGUGUUGAGGUAGCACCCAUAAUAGAAAAGAUGAUGAAAAAUAGAAUUAAGUGGUUUAGGCAUACAGAGAGAAAACGUAUAGAUUUUGUAAUAAGAAAAGUGGAUUAAAUGGAGAGUAGUUAAAGAGUUAGAGGUAGAAAAAAAUCUAAAAAAACUAUAAGAGAAGUUAUUAAAAAAGAUUUAGAGAUUAUCAAUUUGGAGAGAAACAUGGUUUUAGAUAGGGGUGGCAAACGGGCAUGCCCGUCCCAUUUAGGCCCGCCCCGCAAAAGUCCGCGAAAAAACGGGGCGGACGGGCUUUUUUAAGAGUGCGGGUCUAAAACCUUGCUCCGCCCUGCAAAAAAGUGAGGGCGGGGCGAGGAAGCUCGCGGGCAUUCGGCUUCCUUUUGAAAAUUCUAUGAAAAAACAAAUGCCCGCAAAAGCCCACAAAAAAACGGGGCGGGGCAGGGCGGACACAUUAAAGAGAGCGGGCAUAAAACCUUGCCCCGCCUCGCGAAAAAAGUGCGGGUAAAACGGGCUUUCCCCGCGGGCCGAGCCCGUUUUGCCACCCCUAGUUUUAGAUAGAACAUUAUGGCAACAGUUGAUUCAUGUAGCGGUCUCACUUAGUGGGAUAAGGCUUGUUGUAUUUAUUUUUAUAUUUUCAGUUAAACUUCAAGUAGCUCAUGUACUAUAAUCUUAUUAAAAACUAUAAACUCAUGAAAAAAAUGGCUAUUAAACAUGUUUAUUUUGACCCUAUAAGCUUUCAGUAUUAAGUUUAAAAGUUGAUCUUGCCAACACUCUUGCGAAAAGAGUGUCUGCUUGAAACUCCCAAAACAGAUUAACAGAAGUAAACGAUCCUUUCAAAGGAAUUAAGAUUCCCCACCGGAUGCACCAAAGUCCUGGGUUGGUUACCGUUGGAUUACAAAAUUGCUAGCUCUUGGAUGUUAUGCCAUGCUUCUUAUGCCCGGUUUUCUACAAGUUGCAUAUUACUAUUUCUUCUCAAGCAAGGUAAAGCGAAGCAUUGUUUAUGGAGAUCAACCUAGAAACAGGUUGGAUCUGUAUCUACCUGCUGAUGUCAGUGAACCUAAGCCAGUUUUGAUUUUUGUAACCGGGGGAGCAUGGAUUAUUGGGUAUAAAGCAUGGGGCUCCCUUUUAGGACUACAGUUGGCAGAAAGAGACAUUAUGGUGGCAUGCAUUGAUUACAGAAAUUUUCCUCAAGGAACCAUCAGUGACAUGGUAAAUGAUACUUGUCAGGGAAUUUCCUUCGUCAUUAACAACAUAGCUAGUUAUGGAGGUGACCCUAAUAGGAUUUACCUUAUGGGACAAUCUGCCGGUGCACAUAUUUCGUCUUGUGCUUUACUGGAACAAGCAGCCAUAGAAUCUGAAAAUCGAGAUAGUGUUUCAUGGAGCAUUUCACAGAUAAAAGCUUAUUUUGGUUUAUCAGGAGGAUACAACUUAUUGGAUUUAGUUGAUCACUUUCACAAUCGUGGCUUGUACCGUUCCAUCUUUUUAAGUAUAAUGGAAGCUGAACAAUCUUUGAAGAAAUUUUCUCCCGAAAUCAAAAUUCAAGACCCUUGCAUCAAAGAUUCCAUUCCUCUAUUGCCCCCUAUGUUUCUUUUCCACGGAACUGGUGAUUAUUCCAUACCACCAAUUGCCAGUAAACGGUUUGCUGAUGCUCUUACGAAGGCAGGGGCAAGAGCUGAGCUGAUUCUAUAUGAUGGAAAAACACAUACAGAUUUGUUUCUUCAAGAUCCACUCCGAGGUGGUAAAGAGGACCUAUUUGAACAUGUAGUUUCUAUAGUACAUGCAAAUGAUAGUGAUGCUCUUGCAAAGGACGCCGUCGCACCGCCGAGGAAACGGCUUGUUCCUGAGAUUUUAUUAAAGUUAGCUCACAAUAUCAGUCCCUUCUAAGAUUGUUACUGGAUGGAUUAUCAUCCUCUAUGUCUUAACUUUUUUAUAUUCUAUUUUUGUAUUUCUUAUUCAUAAUCUUCUUCUCUGGUUUUAGUGUAUAUGUAUACCUCAGACUCUUCAUGUAUUCUGUCACACACACCAUAUUUAUUGGGAGAUAUAGGUUGAGAUUCCUUAUUAA